GGGCCUGAAGUGCGGCCCGCGAGGGCAGAGAAGCGGUGGGCGGUGCAAGCGCCGGAGAAGAACGGGAGGCGGAGGAGGAGCCUGGAUGGAUUAUGGCGUCAUAGCUGCUUGGGUGUAUGCGCGUUGGGGAGCCCGGGUUGCUGCAGUAGCAGAAGAAGCUGCUGUCGGGUGCGAAGAAGAGCCACAUCCGACGGGAAGGUGAGGUUGCUGCCGCAGCUCCUCGGACCUCAAAAGGGCCACGAGCCAGUCCAGCAUGCCGCGCAAGGCUUGCUGAGGAAGCUGCGGCUCCUCUAGUCCGAGCGGGCGCGAGAUUUCAUGUAAAAGCAUCAGAAAGAUUGGCAGCCAGAUUGAUGUGAUAUCUGUGGAAAAUGAAUUAAAGCAACAUGACCAAGGCUCAUUUCGCAUUCUGCAAUUAUAUUGAGCAAGUGCUAAAUAGGCUCUAGUUACUCUGUGAUUUUCAGCUUUUCCUUGACAAACCAGAAAGAUGGGAAAAUAAAUUGGCCUUUAACAAAUGCAAUACCAUGCUCACAUCGAAGAGGACAAUAGCCCUCCUCAUGCUAACAUCAUAAGGGCUGCAAAAAGACCAAAUCUCUGUUCUCUUUGGAUGCUUCAAGCAGUAUAAAGAAGUGGCUUCCUCAUGACAACAUGUCAGUGAAAGAUCUCAGCCCCCGACAUAAUACAAAAUCCCGUGUAGUGCAGCGGGCCUCUACUGUUGAUGUUGCCUCUGAUAUGUCAGGUUUAUCCUUGACAGGAAACAUUCAAGAUCCAGACGAGCCAAUCUUAGAAUUUAGUUUAGCUUGCAGUGAACUGUUAACUCCAUCACUAGAUAGGAAGCCAAAUUGUUUUGUAGCAGUGAGUGUAACUACACCACCUCAAGCAUUCUGGACAAAGCAUGCUCAAACAGAAAUUAUUGAGGGCACAAAUAAUCCCAUCUUUCUAAGCAGCAUUGCCUUUUUUCAAGACUCUCUUAUUAAUCAGAUGACACAAAUUAAGCUUUCUAUAUACGAUGUAAAAGAUAGAUCUCAGGGAACUAUGUAUUUAUUGGGUUCUGUGAUAUUUGCUGUACAGGAUCUACUUAAGGAGAAAAGUCAUAGGCUGCACUUAACACUAAGAUCUGCUGAAAAUGACCGUGUCGGGAACAUUACAGCCAUAGGAUGGCAAAUGGAAGAAAACACAGACGAAAGGCCUCCUGUGACCAGAUCUCCUGAUACUAUUAAUGGAAGGACUGUGCUACCAGUUGAUGAAAGUUUGACAGAGUCCUUAGGAAUCCGAUCCAAAUAUGCUUCAUUACGAAAAGAUGCACUAUUAAAAUCUGUGUUUGGAGGUGCCAUUUGUCGGAUGUAUCGUUUUCCUACCACUGAUGGCAACCAUCUGAGGAUUUUGGAGCAAAUGGGAGAGAGUGUGCUCUCUUUACACAUUCCCAGGCAAUUUGUGAAAUUGCUGCUAGAGGAAGAUGCUGCAAGGAUUUGUGAACUUGAAGAACUGGGAGAGUUGUCACCUUGCUGGGAAAGUCUUCGUCGGCAAAUAGUCACUCAGUACCAAACAAUUAUUCUGACUUAUCAGGACAACAUGACAAAUCUUCAUCAGUAUAAAGGACCAUCAUUCAAAGCGAGUAGUCUGAAAGGUGAUAAAAAGCUUGAAUUCAUGCCCACAAAUUUACAUAUACAACGAAUGAGAGUCCAGGAUGAUGCAGGAUCAGAUGAGAAUUAUGACAUUGUAACUAUAGGAGCACCAGCAGCGCACUGCCAGGCAUUUAAAUCUGGAGGUUUGCGGAAAAAGCUACAUAAAUUUGAAGAUGCAAAGAAACACAGUUUUGAGGAAAGUUGCACUGCGACCAAUUCUCAAUCUAUAGUAUACAUACCACAGGAUAUUAUUCGAGCAAAGGAGAUUAUUGCACAGAUCAAUACCCUGAAAACUCAAGUUAGUUAUUAUGCAGAAAGACUUUCCAGAGCUGCCAAGGAUAAAUCAGCGAAUGGACUUGAGAGAACACUUGCCAUUUUGGCAGAUAAGACCAGGCAGCUUGUCACUGUCUGUGACUGCAAGCUGUUGGCAAAUUCAAUUCAUGCCCUGAAUACUGCAAGACCAGAUUAUAUAGCUUCAAAGGUUUCUCCAACAUCUACAGAAGGAGAACAAGUGGUGCUAAGAAAUGACCAAGAUACUUUGGUGGCCAGGUGGGCAGGAAGAAAUAGCCGUUCUUCCCUACAGGUGGACUGGCAUGAAGAAGAAUGGGAAAAAGUCUGGGUGAAUGUUGAUAAAAGUCUUGAAUGCAUUAUCCAGAGGGUAGACAAGCUCCUCCUGAAAGAACGAUUGCAAAGUGAUAGCUGUGAAGAUGUUUUCCUGUGUGAAGUUAGCUGCUCUAGCAAGAAAGGUAAACAAGAUACCCGUGCAUACUGGAUAAAGCCAGAGACCUUAAAUGAAAUCAUCUCAUCUUCAUCAUCCCCACCAUCAUCUUCAUCCAUUUCAUCCUCUGCAUGCCAUUUUCCCAGAAUCACAAAUUGCAGUCCUACUCCUGAAGAAUCCACCCCAGGUGAAUGGAGUGAGGCUCUUUAUCCUCUGCUGACAACACUCACGGACUGUGUGGCCAUGAUGAGUGACAAAGCAAAGAAAGCAAUGGUCUUUCUUUUAAUGCAGGACAGUGCCCCCACCAUAGCUCUUUGCUUAAGCCUUCAGUACCGGAGGGAUGUGGUCUUUUGCCAAACUCUUACAGCCCUGAUCUGUGGUUUCAUUAUCAAGCUGAGGAACUGCCUGCAUGAUAAUGGAUUCCUGAGGCAGCUGUAUACCAUUGGUCUGCUGGCCCAAUUUGAAAGCCUUUUAAGUACUUACGGAGAAGAACUGGCUAUGCUAGAAGAUAUGAGUGUGGGAAUAAUGGACUUGAGAAAUGUAACGUUUAAAGUAACUCAGGCCACUUCCGGUGCUUCUGCUGAUAUGCUGCCAGUCAUUACAGGAAAUCGGGAUGGAUUUAAUGUGAGGAUUCCACUACCAAGCACCUUAUUCGAUGCCUUGCCUCGUGAAAUCCAGAGUGGCAUGUUGCUGAGAGUUCAACCAGUACUUUUCAACGUGGGAAUCAAUGAACAGCAAACUUUAGCAGAAAAGUUUGGCGAUACCUCCUUGCAGGAAAUUAUUAACAUGGAAAGCUUAGUACGGUUGAAUUCCUACUUUGAACAGUUCAAAGAAGUUUUGCCUGAAGACUGUCUACCUCGAUCUCGGAGUCAAACGUGCCUGCCUGAACUGUUGAGGUUCCUUGGACAGAAUGUACAUGCAAGAAAAAAUAAGAAUGUUGAUAUUCUUUGGCAAGCUGCUGAGAUUUGCCGCAGACUAAAUGGUGUUCGGUUUACAAGCUGUAAAAGUGCCAAGGAUCGGACUGCCAUGUCGGUGACCCUGGAGCAAUGUCUCAUACUUCAACAUGAACAUGGAAUGGCUCCACAGGUCUUCACUCAGGCCCUGGAGUGCAUGAGGAGUAUUGGAACACGGGAGGUAGUCAUCCAGAAGAACUUGUGUGGCCUGGUGCCCCUCCGGGAUUUCAGGCUAGAUCCCAGCCUUCUUUACUCUAUUCCUCUAUUAGCGCUAAGCCCCAAUUUACUGAUUGUGUGGCUGUUUCUGAGCAUUGCAUACUUGGUGGCUAAAUUACGUUGCAAAUAAAGUAAAAUAAACCAAGCAAAAAUCCAGUAAAGUGCCAGAAUAUAUAUAUUGCCACCUGGUACCGAUUUGUCGAAAAAGUCUCAUAGCAUUGUUGCCAAGAAUAAUGAUAGUAUGCCUUACAAUUUUGUUUCUAUUGUACUAAACUUGUAAAAUACACAUCUGAUUCUUUUAUGAAAAGGAAUUGUAUUGAGUGCUUACACUGUCAUUGAGCUUCCAGUGCUUGUAAUGUAAGUCCAACAGCUGCCUGUUAUCUCAGCGAUUUAAUCAACCUGAAGAUUAGUUUCUGUAUCAUCUAUUUUAGGCAUUCAAAUCCUCCUCCCCUGCAUUUAUUUAUAACUACAUACAGCUUUGUUUCACAUGUUUCUUGUUAUCCAGAAAAAGAAACUAUGUCUAAAGAAAUUUUUGUAUAUCCUAAAAAAGUGACAGUCUUGCUUUUCAUAUUUAAGUGGUAAGGGGGAAAAGGGAAGGGCUUUGUAACAUAUGUAUCUACAUAUCUGUUCAAGGCAUCUUUCUACUUUGAUUUAUAAGCAUCACUUCUACAGUGUUACAAUCAUCAAUACAUAAAACUGUGGAGUUCAUUUUCUUAUAAAUCUGUUGCAACACAUGAACUUGAAAGCAGUAUGCUGCACACAAUAUAUAGAGUCAGUAUAUUUAUAUGUUUACUUUCUUACUGCAUCAAAAAAAAGAAAGAAUAUAUGGAAAGAGUAGGCUUAACAAUCACCUAAUUCCAUUCAAAUAAUUGGAAAAGUAUUUUUAUAAUCUGUGUGAUUCAAUGCUAUCACAUGUUAAUUAAUAUUUACAUUAAAUAUUGCCAUAAAAUGCACUAAUAGCUCUUUUGGGUUAAUGUUAAACUUUAAAUCUUAAGGUAUGUGAAAGAUGCAAAUGCAUUUUAGUGAUAUCCUGAAUCCUAAUCAUUCAAUUUGUAAUACAAUUAUCUUAAUUUCUAUCAUUAUAAUAUUUAUUCACCCAAAACAUCCCGGUAGCAUUUAUAAAUAACAUCAGUGUAUGCUUAGGAACAUGUAAAGAUAGAUAGAAGAUGGAUGGAUGGAUGGAUGGAUGGAUGGAUGGAUGGAUAGAUAGAUAGAUAGAUAGAUAGAUA